CACAUCAGCAAUGGACUCCUUCACCACCAUCAACAUCCCCACCAACUUCGAGACUGGCGGCGGCUCCGGCAACGGUGCCUACUGCGUCAUCGCCUAAAUGCCCAGACGGCAGAGUCCUUGUCUUUUGUGGCUCGGUGAAUAGGAGUGUUCCGCCUUGUUCACUGCUGUCAUAGAGGCCUUGUGCUCGUACCCUCAUAUAUACCCAACCAAUGUGUCCACGUUGGAAGCUUAAUACAUAAUCUUUUUUGCGCGCAAAA